AUGAAGGAAAAGGCCGUGCCAGGGCUGUUUGGCAAAGCCAAGCCCCUGCCGGGACAACACGGGUACAAGGUGAAAGAGUCCGAGCGGCUCGAACAUGAAGCGUCGGCGAUGGAGGCCCAGCUGAAGCAUGUGAAAAUGGGCAUGGCUCAACAGCAAGAGCAGCGGGACAAGGACAAAUCCAAGAUGAAAGGCGGGAACCGAUGGCGUAGUGCGAGGGAGGACCGGGGCAGUGUCCGGCAAUACGCCCAAGACGUCAAAACCAAAACCCCUUCGACAAAAUCAAAAAAGAAAAAGAAGGGGGAAAGCUAUGCCGCGGCGAGUCGCCCCAAGGUCGGCGACUGGGGGGUGCCGCAAGUGACCGACUGGCUGGCCUCUAUUCACCUUGGUCACCACGCGACCACAUUCGAGUUCAACGAAGUGAGCGGAUCAGUGCUUCUGGACCUCACCCCUGCCGACUUAGACUACCUCCACGUGACCGAUCCGAGUGACCGAAAACUUUUGCUCCAACACAUUGAACAGCUCAAGCGCAGUAGUGGUACUGCCUCCCCAUCCAAUCAACACAGGCACAUCCAAUCACCAGCACUAGCAGCCCCCCAGCGAGAAGUCUUGGACGACAAGCUGCACGACGCUCCGGUGGUUGUGCCGUCUAAAAAGGUAGCGCACUGGUCGCAACUGACGCCGCUAGCCGACACGGGCGUCGCCAACCCCUCAGGCGAUGUGCCCGUAAACUUGGCGGACGGGGACUUUAACGAAGACGACAGCCACGCGUCGUUUAUGAAUGCAUUGUUGGAUUGGCGGGCGACCGAUCAGCAGAAUGCGGACGACCAGGGCAAGGACGACACAGGGUUCUGGACGAAUCCGCUCGCAGAGUGUUCCGAGCCCCUGUCCGUUCAAGGGGGGGAGCUGUUGGGGGGACACUUUGACGAAGAGCAGAGUCACGCCAACUUUCUCGCGGCGUUGCAGGCGUGGCGGGGCAACUCAACACAGCAACAACACGAACGCCCAGAGCAAGCGACGGCGAGCACAGGCAGCCCCGUGGAAGCCAAGGCCAGUUGCUGGCAAUGCUACCGUCUGUACAAAGCCGGAUCGGUGGUGCAAGACGCAAUGUCCAAGCACUCGUUUUGCUCCCGUGUGUGUUUGAGCAACUAUCACAGCGAAUACGCUCGAUUCUAUACCCCCCCCUCGACGACCAAAACAACAUAACCUUUGAC